UGAAUAUUAACAAAAGUAAUUUCACACUCAUCUGUCAUUUAUUUUUUAUGGCAGCAGUACAAUGGGCUGGACAAUUAGUGCUGCACUAUUCUUGUCAGUGUUAAAUGUUGCCCUUUGUUUCAAUAUUGAUCCUGUGGCUUGGAAGACCCUGAGGAGCUCUGCUGCUGGUUUUGGCUACCAAGUGGUUCAAAGACAAUCAGAUUUGCUUGUUAGUGCGCCACUUGAACAGUAUUCACAAAAUGGAAGAGGAAGAAUUUAUAGGUGCACUAACACUUCUCAAAACUGUGAAAAUAUCCAACUUCAAGUGCCGGGUUUUGCAGUAAACAUGUCUCUUGGUUUGACAAUGAAAAGUGAUCCCACAGCACAAAAGACUGUGGUGUGUGGUCCAACCAUUCCAAAGGACUGCAAAAGUAUCACCAUGUACAAUGGUGUGUGCUUUCACAUGGACCGAUCUAAUACAUUUGGACUGCCCAUACCUUCUUCUCCAGACGUGUGCCCGACACAAGUAGACAUUGCUUUUCUGUUGGAUGGUUCAGGCAGCGUAUCUAUCUCUGAUUUUCAAACAAUGACAAAGUUUGUGGAAGAUCUAAUCAAGUCAUUUCUGUCAGUUGAUGCACAGUUUUCUGUUUCCCAGUUCUCCUCGUUACCUCGGGUUCAUUUUUAUUUCAAGAAAUUUUCCUCAUCUGGAUCACUGAAGACUGAAAUCGAUGGAAUCACACAGCUGGGGGGAUCUACUCAUACAGCUAAGGCCAUCAGACAUGUUGUAAACAACGUUUUCACACCACAAAGAGGUUCCAGACCAGAUGUGAAGAAAGUCUUGAUAGUAAUAACUGAUGGACAAUCUAAUGACCGGUAUGACCUAGGAAAUGCAGCACAGCUAGCAGGAAAUCAAAACAUUGUUCGAUUUGCGAUUGGGGUGGGGAAUGCAUUUUUUCAGCCUGAGGCAAAAAAAGAACUGCGCACCAUUGCAUCGUCUCCCUCAGACAAUCACGUGUUUCAAGUGCAGAACUUCAACGCACUUGAAAUAAUCCGGCAGAGUUUGCAGGACAAAAUUUUUUCCAUUGAAGGAUCGCAAACCGGUGGAGUCUCACUGAAAAUGGAAAUGUCUCAAGAGGGAUUCAGUGCAGUUUAUGUGCCUGAGGGAAUUCAGAUGUCUAUUGUUGGUGCAAACCAGUGGAGGGGAGGCUACGUGCAAUACACAACAGGAGGGGAGAAGCUGAAAACAUAUGAGGAUGCGUCUUUGGAGCCUGACAGUUAUCUUGGUUACUCCAUGGCAAUUGCUAAAACCCAUAGUGGUUCCCUGACAAUUGUUGGUGCUCCAAGAUAUAAACACAGAGGAGUUGUGGUCGCUGUUAACAGACAAAGCUUAGAAAACCAAAAGAUAGAGCCAUUGGCAUCACAGUAUCAGACUGGUGAAUAUUUCGGGGCAGAGGUGUGUACCAUGGACAUAAAUAAUGAUGACAUCACUGAUCUAAUCUUCAUAUCUGCCCCAAUGUACAUGGAGCCUGAUAGAGAGGGAAGAGUUUAUGUUUGCAGAUUAAUUGAUUUGUUUGUGGAGUGUAAUUUUGAUGAUCCAUUAGUACUAAGAGGACAUGCAGCUGUCAAAGGAAGGUUCGGCUCUUCUCUUGCUGUACUGCCUGAUCUAAACUCAGAUGGAUUCAGGGAUUUGGCAGUUGGAGCACCUUUGGAGAAUAAUGGUGAAGGCAGCAUCUACAUAUUCCACAGUGACGGAGGACGAAUCAGUCCUACUUACUCACAGAGAAUUACUGGCUCUGAGGUCCAGUCAGGACUGAAGUUCUUUGGUCUAUCAAUCAGUCAGUCAUCUUUUGACCAGAGCGGUGAUAAACUUCCUGACUUAGCAGUGGGUUCAAAGGGCACAGUUGUCCUAUUGAGAUCAAGACCCAUAGUGAUGGUUGAACCGGAAGUGUCAUUCAGCCCAAACCAAAUCCCCACUCAGAAUGUAGACUGCUCAAAACCAUUGGAGAACACAGCUACAGUCUGCUUUACCAUGAGCAGACUGUCUACAGUCAACACAGCUCAAGCGAGGAUUAAUUAUACUUUAACACUGGAUGCCACUCGCAAGCCUCCAAACAACCGAGCUUAUGUCAGCAGGAAACAACAAGAACAGUCUGGAUCAGUCAUUGUUGACUUAAGAAAGAAAAAGUGUUCAACUGUAAAAUUCCUUAUUGAGGCCUGUCCAGAAGAUGCUCUCAAUGCACUGUCCAAUGAGCUUAAAUUCAUGCUUGAUGGUUUGCCCUCAAACACAAAUCUUAGGCCAAGUCUUGCCCCGCAGGCUCACACAGCAACCAUUUAUCCUUUGGAGUUUGAGAUCAACUGUGGCACUGACAACAAAUGUGUUGACAAGCUGAAAGUAGAUUUUGGCUUCACCAGAUCCUCAGAGGUUAAAGUGGGCAUUGAUGAGCUUUUGGAUGUCACAGUCACAGUGGAGAACAGAGGAGAAAACUCCUACAACAGUCGUGUUAUUCUCACGUACCCAGCUGGACUCUCCUACAGGAAGUUCACCAGUCAGCAGGGAAGAAUUGAGUGCAACUCUUUGGACAGUGAAGAUGGUUUAUCACGAGGAAGGACAGACUGCACUAUCGACAAGCCAAUUUUCAAGAGCAAAACUAAGGCUUCCUUCAUUGUCUCCUAUGGGAUUGACACCACCAAUCAACUCGAGAGGAAGAUCUUUGUCACUGCAAAUGCCACCAGUGGAAAUCAGGAGCAUGCCACUACAAGUGAACUCUACAUAAAGAAAUGGAUUGAUGUGAAAUACAGCAUUUUUAUGACAUUUGAAAGCUCCCUCAGCUACAACAAUUUCACAUUUGGAACAAAUGAUUUGCAGAAACCAGUCCAACAAUCAAUCAAGGUUACAAAUGACAUCAGAGCACUUCAUUUCACUGUGGUGAUCAGGGUUCCAGUGAAGCUUGAUGAAAAAGACAUUUGGGUGGAUUUGAGCAGCCUACAGAUUUCAAACUGUCAAAGUGGAAAUGAUGAAGCACCAAGUGUCAAAGAUUUUGUUCCGAAGAUACAAAAGGAUAAAGUGGUGGACUGCUCUGUAGCCAUGUGCAGGGUGUUCAAGUGCAGCACAUUUAUGGGAAGACUGCAGAGUAGGACAUACGAAAUCUCUGCCAACCUCAGUUCAGGAUGGAUAGAGCAGAUUGGACUUCAAUCUGCCAAAUUCCUCUUGACCAGUACAGUCAGUCUGGAGUAUGACAAAAACCAGUACAUCUACCUUUCAACAGAGUCUAAAAACAAUCCUCCUAUUCGCAGGAUUGAGGCAGAGGUAGAAGUGUAUCCUGAGCCAGAUUCUACAAAGGCAAUCGUUGGAGGAUCCCUGGGAGGGUUGGCUUUUCUCGCUUUACUCACUGCUGGCCUGUAUAAGGCUGGGUUUUUCAAGAGUAAAUACAAACAGAUGAUAAAUGAAAAUCCAGAAGAUGGUCCAGGGACUGAUGCCAGUGCACCCCUAGCAGAAUAAUAAAGAUCAUAUUUGUAGUUGCGUGUUUGUGAGAACCGUUUGUGAAAGCAGCAACUCGGUGCUUUUCAGGGAUAUUAGCGUCACUACGGUAAACCCAGACAAGAUGCCACAUGCAAAAAAAAAAAAAAGCAAAACAGUGACAAGAACCCAAAUACACGAUAAAAUGUUUGUUUUCUGUAUGUCUAUAUGUCUCUAAAGCUCCAUCACACUCACUCACUUUCUCUGCUCUCAACCAUCCUUUGUCUUUACUUACCGAAUACUGCUGGGGCAUCCAACUCCAGGCCUCGAGGGCCGGUGUCCUGCAGGUUUUAGAUGUGUCCUUGAUCCAACACAGCUGAUUCAAAUGGCUGAAUGACCUCCUCAACAUGUCCU